AUAAAUCCCGCCCACCAACUUGUAGAAGCCUCUUCUGGGAUCCACUUCCGGCAAAGAGCAGAAGAGGCGGGCAGGUGGAGGCGGGGUUAAGAUGGCGGCGCAUUUGAGGAUUCAGAGCGACUGGGCCCAAUCCCUCAGGAAGGAUGAAGGGGAAGCCUGGCUGAGUUGUCACCCUCCAGGGAAACCAACUUUGUAUGGUAGCCUGACUUGUCAAGGAAUUAGCCUCGAUGGCAUCCCAGAAGUUACAGCUUCAGAAGGAUUUAUUGUGAAUGAAAUAAAUAAGAAAAGCAUUCAUAUUUCUUGUCCAGAGGAGAAUGCAUCCUCAAAGUUUUUGGCGCCGUACACUAUUUUUUCCAGACUUCAUGCAAAGAGUAUAACGUGCCUAGACAUUUCCAGUGGAGGAGGCCUUGGUGUGUCUUCUAGUACUGAUGGGAGCAUGAAGAUCUGGCAGGCUUCCAAUGGCGAACUCAGAAGAGUAUUGGAAGGACAUGUAUUUGAUGUGAAUUGUUGCAGGUUUUUCCCAUCAGGCCUUGUGGUUCUGAGUGGGGGAAUGGAUGCCCAGUUGAAGAUCUGGUCAGCGGAAGAUGCUAGCUGUGUGGUGACCUUCAAAGGUCACAGAGGAGGUAUUCUGGAUACAGCCAUUGUUGAUCGGGGCAGGAAUGUGGUAUCUGGUUCUCGAGACGGAACAGCACGACUUUGGGACUGUGGGCGCUCAGCCUGCCUGGGAGUCAUUGCAGACUGUGGUUCUUCCAUCAAUGGAGUGGCUGUGGGUGCUGCUGACAACUCCAUAAACCUCGGCUCUCCUGAGCAGAUGCCCAGUGAACGGGAGGUUGGAACAGAGUCGAAAAUGCUGCUGUUGGCACGGGAAGAUAAGAAACUUCAGUGCUUGGGACUGCAGAGCAGGCAGCCGGUGUUCCUCUUUGUUGGGUCAGAUGCUUUCAACUGCUGCACUUUUCUCUCUGGCUUCUUGUUAUUGGCUGGGACACAGGAUGGAAACAUUUAUCAGCUGGAUGUGAGGAGUCCGAGGAUUCCAGUACAAGUCAUCCACAGAUCAGGAGCACCAGUUCUGUCCCUGCUGAGUUUCAGAGAUGGAUUCAUUGCUAGUCAAGGUGACGGAAGCUGUUUCAUUGUCCAACAAGACCUAGACUAUCUCAUGGAGCUCACUGGGGCCGACUGUGACCCUGUGUACAAGGUAGCCACAUGGGAGAAGCAGAUCUACACAUGCUGUCGAGAUGGUCUUGUGCGACGCUAUCAGCUCUCUGACCUCUGACCCCUUGGAAAGAGGAGUCCCAGUUAAUGAAAAAGUUUGGCCCUAGUCGACAAAGGAGAAAAAUUGUUAGUCCUUCUCAAGGACCAUGUCCCUUUAUUGUCUUGGGCACCCUUUGGAAGUCACAGAAAAUCAGCUACAUUGACCCAUGUAGAAUUAUCAUUCCAUGAUAAAACCUACUGUGAACUGAGGAAGAAGCUCACAUAUGCUCCAUGUAUAAAUACCCCCAACAACACAGGGUGAGGAUAUGGAUGCUUAUAGUUUGAUCUUAACACCAUUUGUGCUAAAUGUUUACAGUGACCAGAGGACUAAAGCUUUUUCUCUGAAGGAAACAAAGAGAAUAUGUUUGAAGGAGUCUGAAUUCGAAAACCUUUGUUAAAUAUUCUUACUCCAACAGAAAGUCAUUUAAGUUGAUUGAGCUCCUGUCUUAGGCACUUCCUGUUGGCCUGGCAAUAGAGAAAGACUCCUUGUUAGCAAGUAAUAUCCCAUAUAGUAAUAUCCCAAUAGUAAAUAUCCCAUAAGCAGCACUCUGGGAAAGAUUCUUACACAGGUAGGGAAACUGUCUCAGUUUGGACAGCAGUUUUCUGCGACAUGUAACUUUCAGUCCAGGCAAACUGUCACAGCUGAUCAUCCCAAAUACAGGUGAUAAUGUUGAAGCCUAUCAUUGUAAAGGCAGUGGCUGUCCAAGUGUGGUCCCUGGAACAGCUACAUUGGUAUCAUCUGGGAAUUCGUUAGAAACAUAAAUUCCUAAGCCCACCUCAGCCCAAAUCAGAAAUUCUAUGGGUAGAGCCGGCCCGUGAUUCUGAUGCAUGUUAAACCUUGAGACCUAGAGGAAGAGAUAGUGAAGGGGACUCAGUCAUAGUUGGAACACAGUGCUCAUAUGAUGGUGAGGCUCAUAGGAGAUGAGGCUGCAGAGGUUGGCGGGACCCAGAUAGUGAAGAGGUUGGAGUGCCAGGUAAGGAGCUUGAAUUUCAUUUGGUCCAUGAGAAACUCCUAGAAGAAUUUUAAGCAAGGGUGUGACAUAGUCCCUUUUUUUUUUCCUAAAUAUAAAAAUGGAGUCAUAAUGUAUAUAUUCCAUGUUUUAUUUUCACUCAGAAUCUCUGAGUUCUAUCUUAGUACAUUUAGAACUUCUUUGUUCUUUUUAACACUUUCCAGAAUAUGAAUACCUUAUCAUUUACAUUUUAGAUAUUAUUAGACACUUGAGCUGGGCAAUGUAGGCUAAGAUCUGGAUUUAUUUAAGGGGAAAAACCCAACCCCUGGCUUGGAUAAUAGUAUGAUUCACAACAUGUAAUCUUUAUAAUUUCACUAUGACAUGAAGAUGGUGAGACUCAGAUGAAUGUAUUUGCCAAGGGUCAUAGAGAACAGGAACUUGAACACAAUUUAUCUUUAAAUCCAUUUUUUUUUACCCAUUGUGUAUGCCUAAAUUGUGAAAAUAAAAUACUAUUAUUUGUUAGGUA